ACAACAUGACACAUCAACACAUUGCCUCAGUAAAAUUGACUAAAUCUAUUAAAUCGUAUUAGUCUCUCAAAAACAUUGCAUUUUGCUGAAAAGAAUCAGAAUGCUGGAAAUCUAAAUACGACAAUGUAUAAACCGAUACAGGGAGUCUAAUCAUUUUUAUAAGGGGGUUCUUGUCUAUUAGAGUUGCAACCCUCACAGACAUUAUAGUGGAUUUAAUGGUUAGAAUUGCAAUGGUUUUAUUAGCAAUUAAUCGUUCAUAUUUGGAAGCCAUCAGUUGUUUCAGCAUGGUAGCCUUAAUAGAAGUCCAGUGCCCUGUAACAUAAAGCUGAGCACAUCGUAUAGUUUGUAUGGGAUCAGUAAACACGUCCCACACGCGCCAUGCAGUAGUGUCCAUGCAGGAUCUCGCCAUAGAAGCAGCAGCAGCAGGUCUAAUAGGCUCUGUUCUGCCAUGGCGUUUGAUGGAGAACGUCUCUGGAAUAACAGCCGAAGCUCUUAAAUCUCGGAUCAAUGACUGAAAGUACCAUUGCUUUAUACAGACAAGAAAGCACUGAAGCCCGCGUGCGCACCAUGUGUUGGUGGCGUGGAAAGCAAGUGUCCACGUCCAUCCGAUCGUUUGCUGAGUCAGGACGCACCAAGUCAGGCUCGCCUUCGUGUUUUUCUGUAUAGUCUAUUCUCUCCACUUUCCUCUAUAUUCUUAUCUCACUGACCCAUGAGCUUUGGGGUUGCGCUCAAUUGACGUCUGGUUUCCGAGCACACAUCGUGCCAUGCGUCCCGGGAUUGACAUGACUGUUUUUUCACGGAGUAUGAAGUUGUUCCCUUUGUAGCGCAGGAUCCACUCGAUCCUUUCUGGCGCGUUCUCGGUAUUUACGGUUGGACCAUUGCGCACCCGGCGCUCUCUCUACAGCGGUUGUUUCAUGAAUGAACGGGGCUGGUUUUUCGCUUCGCUGAGGGGUUAUACCGUGUCCGACCUUCAUUGCGGAAAAAACACUGUCGCGGACCGAUGCGAAAGCCCGCCGCUGAAGUACGUGCUCCCCGAGCAUUGAUCCUGUUGUGAUCAUGUCGUUACACAUUGUGGCCCUGGGAAGCGAGUGCACUGGGGGCGUCGGGUCUGGGGAGGAGACCUCUGGGCAGGUGCAAGGUGGCUUGCUAUGGAGCUACCUGGGCCAUGGAGCUCGGGAACUGGAUCCAAACUCUGCGACGCCAUCUAGGCAUCCCCUCAACCCUGCGUUUAUGGAGUACCAGUCUAGAGUGCUUGGGGAUGUUAAAGUGAUGGUGCGAGAUUGCCCUAGCUGGGAUCUUUUGGACAGUGAUUGGGGGAGCGUGCGAAGUAUUCUGGAGCAGGCUGACAUUGUGGUCAUUAAGUACUCUGUGAAUGAUAAACUGGCCUUUCAGCAGGUCAGAAAUGGCUAUGCCCCGAGACUCCGCCCACUUCUCCGCCACUGGGGCAUGCCUGUGAUUCUUGUAGCUGUGGGGGCAAGGCUAAAUGAUGAAGGGCCACCGUGCACAUGCCCGCUCUGUGCAUCAGACUGGAGCAGCUGUGUACCCCACAGUGAAGGACUUCAGUUGUCCAGGGACCUGGGGGCCACUUACCUGGAGCUGCCCUCGCUGAAUAACUUCUUUGUCGGUCGAUAUUUUGGCAGUGUGUUGGAAUACUUCAUGAUUCAGUGUCUGAAGCAGAAAGCCAAAGAACGUCCGGACAAACGACGGGGUCAAAGGUUCGCCGAGCCCCGCCCCCCUCAUUUGGACCAGCCAGCACGUCUUCCGCCGGUGAGAGUAGAGGAAUCCAGCUUCUCUCAGGACCUGCAGUGGCUGCUUGAACGCGGCAUUCAGUUCGCCGACGUGGCAUUCUACGGCGGGGAUUGUGGGAAAGAGCUGGGCUGGGCACACGCCUCCGUGCUAUGUGCCAUCAGCCCUUACUUCAGACAGCUGCUGGUGGGACGGCAAAAACGGGAAAGGCCUGUCUCGCGGUGCACCUGUAGGGAGAGAGAAGGCCCCCAUUCACUUAUGUCCACCUGGGAUGUAGGAGUUGAUGAUCUACCCAGAGCGGACGGGCACCCUUCUGGACACAUAUCCCGGCUGGUUGUGAAGGACCCGCUGUUGUGUUUAUGCCUGUGGGAGACGUUAAUGUUUCUUUACAGAGGGGCCUGGGAAUGGGAAUACCUGGAGGAAGCCUUUGCUGAAAAAUUAAAGAACCCUCUGGCAGUGGCCCAGCUGAUGGACAGAGUACGCUCUUUCGUCGGGAGAGAAAAGGCCCCCAGGGACACACCCACAGCCCGCUCUCAACAAGGUCCUCUGACACUGGGCAGCCUUUUUAAUUCCCCCCUUUACUCUGAUGUUAUCUUCAUGGUGCAAGGAAGUGUACUGCCAGCACACAGAGCCGUGCUUGUGGCCCGCUGUGAUGUCAUGGCUGCCAUGUUUAGCGGGAAGUACGCGGAGGCACGGAGUCGCGUGGUGCCCAUCCACGGCGUCUCCUCCGACACCUUCCUAGCCUUCCUGGAGUACCUCUACACUGACACCUGCUGUCCAGAGCGGACAGAAAGGCUGAGUUUGACUGACAGUGAUGCGUGUCUGUGUUCAGCCAGUGUGCUGCAAGCCAUGGCAGUGCUCGUCUGCGCAGAAAUGUACCAGGUGAAGCGUCUGCAGCACCUGUGCGAGGUGUGCGUCUGCGCGUAUCUUCAGAACAUGCCCAGUCGAGAGCUAGCAUCCACGGGCAUUAGCGUGAUCCGUUUAUUGAAAAGAGCAAAGUGUCACAAUGCCGAACAACUUUACGUCUGGCUCCUCCAUUUCAUCGCCAAUAACUACCUGAUCUUCAGCCACAAGCCAGAGUUUCUGGAGUUAUCAGAUGAGGAGCGUGAGCAAGUGGAGCGUCUACGCUGGCCUUCCAGAGGUUACCUCCAGGAGCUCAGCGAGUACCAGCAACGCAGACGACAAAUCCGCAAGUCCCGCUGCAGCAUCAUGUGACCCCUUCCUCACCCCCUGUCGACCAGAAGAGCGGGCGAAAACAAAGAGACUGGUGUCACGAUUGCAUUGGGGAUGAGAGAGACUCGUGUUUGACUUCUGGGUCGAAGGGGGAUUUUGAUGUACUUUAUUUACUUGAACUUUGACCUCUGACCCUGUGACAUAAAGAGGAUUCAUUCUCACCGGACUCAGAGAAGCCCAUGGCUGGGAAUGUGAUGUCUUGUAGGGCCUUACGACUCAGCUAUGGCAGAACAUUGUCAUUCUUUGUGGAAAAUACUGUAUCAUCUGUAUGACCACGGCCAACAAUUACGCCUGGUUGGUGCAAUGAAGAUGAUUAAACCCCAAAGUGAUAAACAGGGUAGGGUCAAACUUAUACUCUCCAGAGAUACUGUAGAUAUCAUACUAUCACAGUCAACCAUGGUGUUUCAUGGUGAGAUAACUUCUUUCAUUCAGAUCAGUGGUUACUCUUGCAAUAUAACUUGAAUGACACUUCAAGUGUUUAUUUUUCCCCAUGAGAUUAUAAUUUUGAAUUUAAUGCAGCUAUUUUUGUAACAUGUACAUCUGAGAUUUUUAUUUCAAGACAAAAUGUGUGAAGUACGCAUCCAGCAUGUGGAUCGCCGCGUAGUGCAGUUGUUCUGGUAGACAUAGAGCCUGUCCCGGCUGUCUUUAGUCUAGUUUAGUUAUGUUGACUCAUAUCAUGCUGAAUAAAGACAUUUUAGAAGGA